ACCGUUCACGAUACCUUUGCGUGGCAAAGGAUAUAGGCCCACUGCCCAUUAAGAAUUGAAGCGAGUUUAAUUCUGGUUUGGCGUCCGAUUCUCCAGAAGCCUCCAAAGAAGUAUCACAACCUCACGCUUCUCCUCUAUAUAUACCUCUUGCCCCACGCCACGCACUCUUUUUCAAAGCGCAUCGAUCCUCGUGUCGUUCAUCGCCUAAGCUCUUAACUCGUUCUCCAUCAUUGAAGAAAGCGGUUCGUCGUGUUGUUACGAUGUCGUAUUCAAGGAGAUCAAGGUAUUCUUAUUCUCCUUCUCCUUCUCCCUACAAACGAUACAGUAGGUCCGUGUCCCGGUCGCCCUCUAGGUCGAGAUCCAGAAGCCGUUCAAGGAGUUUAUCAAGAGAUGCAGAAAAUCCAGGAAACAAUUUGUAUGUGACAGGAUUGUCCCCUAGGAUCACCAAGAGAGAACUGGAGAAGCAUUUUGCUGCUGAGGGAAAAGUGAUAGAUGUUCAUCUGGUGGUUGAUCCUUGGACAAGGGAGUCCCGAGGGUUUGGCUUUGUGACAAUGGCAACUGUUCAUGAGGCUGAUCGAUGUGUAAAGUAUCUAGAUCGUUCUGUACUUGAAGGGCGUGUCAUCACGGUGGAGAAGGCUAGAAGGCGACGUGGUCGAACCCCAACACCAGGGAGGUAUCUUGGGCUGAGAACUAUUCAUGCACGACGCCGCUCUCCAAGUUACUCUCCUCGUCGCUCUCCUAGCUAUUCACCUUACAGAAGAAGUUAUAGUCGGUCUCCAUAUUCAGACCGUAGCAGGAGUCGUUCUUACUCUCCUGACUAUCGGAGGAGAUCAUACUCACCUGAUUAUCGGAGGAGGUCUUACUCUCCAUACUAUAGCCGGUACAGGUCUUAUUCUCGAUAUGAUCGACGCAGGACAUAUUCUCGAUCCCGCUCUCCUUAUAGCAGGUCACCUGUUAGAAAUCGUGACAGAUCAUACUCUCCCUACAACUCGCAUGAUCGCACCUACAGAAGGCACCGGUACCGGUCUGUUUCAGGGAGUGCCUCACCGGAUGAUCGAUAUUAUGGAAGGCACCGUUACAGGUCUGUUUCACGAAGUGCCUCACCGGAUGAUCGAUAUUAUGGAAGGCACCGUCGCAGGUCUGUUUCUCGAAGUGCCUCACCACCCAGGCCAAGGAGAAGGUCAAGGAGGAGCCACUCACGGAGUGCCACUCCUGUUUCAAAGAGGAGCGACUCGCGAAGCUCUAAGAGGAGUGCUAAAUAUACGAAACGCUACUCAAGAAGCCCGAGUGUGAGUGCAAGUUCAAGAUCAGUAUCGAGGUCUAAUACUCCUAGAUCUACCUCUCCUUCAACCUGAAAUUUGUUUGUCCUAUAUCUGCUUAACAUCUUAGGCUUCUAGUGGAUAAUAUGUUAGUAUGGUGAGAUAUAUUGUAGAUGGAGUUAUCGUGUGGUUCCCGUUCAGGACUUGUCUAAAAACCACCUGAUCCUAUUUCAUGAAAUUAUAUUACCGUCAGUAUAGAUGAUGAAAUGUCGUAGUUUUUCUCUUGGUCUGUUUCAUCUUUUACUUUGCCAUUUGCUUCCUUUAGACUUUGUAUCUCUUGGUUAGAUGAUGUGAUCUUUCUAAUGUUUCUACUUUUAUAAAUAGAUUAUUGUUUACAUAUAUA